GGCGAUAAAUCUACGUAUCACUAAAGGUUUUUUUUUCGAAGAACAACUUUAUAUACAUAUUCUCAGAGUUUCUAGCUUUUGAUUUUGUGAAUCUUGUAACUAUAUCAUGUCUUUAAAACGUAUUAACAAGGAAUUAGCAGACUUAGGAAGAGACCCCCCAUCUUCCUGUUCCGCAGGCCCAGUUGGUGACGACUUGUACCACUGGCAAGCAUCUAUCAUGGGACCACCAGACUCUCCAUAUGCCGGCGGUGUCUUUUUCCUCUCUAUCCACUUCCCCACAGACUACCCAUUCAAGCCACCUAAGGUUGCCUUCACCACCAAGAUCUACCACCCUAACAUCAAUGGAAACGGUAACAUCUGUUUGGAUAUCCUUAAGGACCAAUGGUCUCCAGCUUUAACCAUCUCCAAGGUUUUGUUGUCCAUCUGUUCCUUGUUGACUGAUGCUAACCCAGAUGAUCCUUUGGUACCAGAAAUCGCUCAUAUUUAUAAACAAGAUAGAGCCAAAUAUGAAGCCACUGCUAAGGAAUGGACCAAGAAAUACGCUGUAUAA